AUGCUAAUAAUCAUUUUAUUAUUCAAUCCAACCUGGGCUAAACUCAAUUUUUUAAAUCUAAAUUAAGAGAUUUCAUUGUACCCAACAGAAGGAGAAUUUUAUGAGUAUAAAUUAGAUGGUAGUUUAAUAUGCAAAAUCAAUCCUUAAGUUCCAUUUAUAAAAGUAGUGAAUGUAUUCGAAGAAAUAUACCAUACAUAAGGGAAUUGUAAAUAUUCAUAAAGUAAUUAUAGAAUUUAGAUCAAUUUCAUCCAAUAAUACACAUUUUGUUGGUUUGUCAAAUGAAAAUGAAAUCAUUAUGUAUGAAUGGAAGAAUUAGAUAAUGAAUUAAAUUGGGGAAUCUGUGACAAUCAAUUCUAUAUUUAAAUGCUUUAACAUUAAUUUGUCUUAAAGAUUUUCAAUCUUGAUAGAUUGUUAUUAGAAUAAUGAAUUCAUUUUAAUUCAAUUAAAAGAUACAUAAUCAACAAUUGCGUAUUCGAUGUAAUCAUCUAUACCUACUUCAACAAAAAUGUAUUCAAUUAUUAAUGGAACAAAUCAUUUUAUAGUCUAUGGCUAAUUUUUUGAGAAUUAUUCGAUGUUAUCACUAAUAUCAUCAUCUUUUAUAAACUAAAGUAACAUAAAUAACUAAUUUGUCGAUUUUGAUAUCCCAAUUACAAUAAGCCCUAACAUUUAUGCAAUUACUUCUUCAGAAUUACUUUAAAUAUCCAUAUCUUCAGAUUCUCAGUUUUAUAAAAAAUCCAAUUUUACAUCCUCUUUUUAUUUGUUUAAUUUUACUUUUGUUAAUGCUUAUUACAAUUUAAGGAGUUAUAAUUAAUGUGAUCAAAUAAUACUAUCUUCAGAAUAUCAGAUAGCUUUUCUACGAGGAUGUGAAAGUUUAAUAAUUUUAAAGCAUAGGGAGUAUUUUUAAGAAACAGUGAAAGUUUUCUAAAACAACUUAUUUAUAUUAUAUUAAUAAUAAAAUAAAAUAUCAGUUUAAGAAAAAUGGACAUUUUAACACCUUGCAAAUAAUCGAAAUCAUUUACCUAAUUCCCUAUUAUAUUUCAAUUCUGAUAAUGAAUUAUUCUCAUUUAAUUCUCAUAUUAUAGUUUAGACAAUUUAAUUUAGUUCUUUAUAAGUUAACUUAACGAAUUUUAAUGUUACAGGGAGUAAUUAUACCUUUUCAUUUAUUUGCUAAAAACAAUUUUAUCUUCAAACAAUUGAUGAUUAAAAAUUUUUUAUCUCUUCUUAAAAUUAUCUUUAAGUAUUAUCCUAGAAUGAUACAAAUGUAUAUGUAAUGUUUAAUUAAGAUUUUCCAUAAGAUCAAACUUUAUUGGGCAAUUCACUUACACAAAAUUUUUCAAGCUUUUCAGGAUAAUUAUUACAAUAUAAACUAAAUCCAGAUGGAAUACCUUUAAAUUUUAUAUAAAUGACCUCAAAAAAAUUUGUAGAUAUUUAAAAGAGUUAUCAAUUAGUAUAAUUAUUGCAAUAAUAUGAAGAAUACGUUAUUUAUUUAAUCGGAUAUAGUAAUUAUUCAAUUGAUGUUUUGCUAUGUAUUUCUGAAUAUUUAUAAAUAUACCCCAAUUGCAUUUUAUCUAAUUCAAUUCAAAUUUCUGUUAAUGCAAGUUCUUUAUAAGUUGCCUAAAGCAUUAAUACAUAAAUGAUUAUAAUUGGACUCAAUAGUAAUUAUACAAUCUAUUUAUUUUAAUACUUACUUUCGAACCAUAAAAUUAUUAGUUUUUCAAAUUAGACUUUUGAAAAAUAAUUCUUAGAUUUUGUAGUAACAUCUAAUAGUAUUAUAAUUCUGAUUUCCAAUCAAGAAAUUGAAAUAAUGACAUUGAAUUUUACAAAUACUUUUUCUUUAAAUGAAACCUCAAUAAAUAGACUUUUCAACAAUAUUCAUUUCAAUCCAAUAUAAAUAGUUGUGAAUGCAGAAUUAGUGGCAGCUGUCUUAUAUAUCAACAAUAUUAAUGAAGUCAUUAUAAUAUUAAUUGAUUAAUAUAGUUUUCCAAUACCAGUUUCCUUAAUACAUGUUAAUUUCGCUAUCAAAUAGGUAAAUUUAAUUUAUGAUCAAUUAAUUCUAUCAUAUGAAUGUAAUAAUGAUCAAGAUAUUUGCUUUUAAGUUUGGAAUGUGUAAAAUUUACAGAAAUAUUAUUAUGUAAAGAAUCUAUAUAGUCUAAAUAGUGAUAAUAUAGUAAAUAUUUAAUCUGAUAACCUGUUCUUAUAUAUUACUUUUAGCAAUUACACAGUUUAUGUUUAUAACCCUUAGUUACCUUAUCACAUGAGUUUAUACUAUAAAUUAGAAUUUUAAUCACCGAUUUAAUGCUCUAUGGCGCUUAUAAAUUCAUACAGCAUUAGCCAUUUUAUCAAAUCAAUAAUGAUUCUUCAUUCAAACAAUUCUAUUUAAGAACUUUAGAGUUAAUAGGAAUUUGAGUUGUCAUAGACAGAUUAAAAUUAAACUUUAAACUAUUCAAAAUUUUACCCAACAUUUAUUUAUAAUUAUAAUGUAACUUCAGCAUUAAAUGAGAAUACCUAUUAAUAGACUCCUAAUUAAAGUAUUACUUUAAAUUCAAAUUUCACAGUAUUUUAAUAUUAUUAACAUUAUUCUGUCAAUUUAAGUUCAGAUAAUAUAAUUCCUGAGUUAAAGAGUUUCUCAUAUCCAAUGAAUUUAAUUCUUGAUAGAUAAGUGCAAUUUUGUAUUUUAGAAACUAAUAACCAAACCAAUAAUUUAAACCGAUAUUGCGUUAUUACUGAUAAUAGUGGUACUAACGAAAUGAGCAUUAAGAAUUUCAACAAUUUUACCUUAAUUACUUCAAUAAAUAAUUAAUUCUUUGCUUUACAGAAUAACUUUUUCAUUUAAACUUUCAAUAAUACCUUAAAGUUUGUAAUGGUUGUGAACUAUUCAAAUUUAAAUUAGAUAAUUUGCCUAAAAUCAACAUCAUCUAAUUACACAUUAUAUUCAAUUUGUUAAAAUAGCACUUCAUAAUAUCUGCUUAACUUUACUUUCGAUUAGGAUAAUAAAGUAGAACUAAGUAACACAAUCUAACUUUUCUAACAGUUUUAGAGUAUUUCUAAAAUGAGCACCAUUUUGAACUAAAUUUUUAUUCUAGGUAGCUUUAAUAAUGAAUAAUAAUCCUUGUACUGGUUUAACUAAUCUAGCAACAUGUUUUAAUCUUUAUCUUAUUUCCCUUGUACAGAUUUCUCGCUUUCGUAAAUGCAAUUAAUAAAAGGAAAUUAAUUAAACUCAGUAAUUAUUUUCUAUAUAUUCAAUUAAUAACCAUCUUAUAAAAUAAUGUCUAUUAAAAAUGAAAAAAUCAAAUUUUAUAACGAAGUAUUUGUUUAAAUUGAUAUUUGCUAAAAGUAAUAAACCUGUUAAGCUAUGUUUAUGAAUUAUACAUCAGUUCUAAUUAUUUCAUCGACCAAUAAAUUUUUAUUAUUUAUUGUGAGUGAUACAUAAUAUAGUUAUAUUUCAAGCACAAAAAUAAAUCUAGAAGAAAUUUUGAAAAUUCACAAUUAAAAAAAGAUCUAAUAAAAAGCUAUUUUAAUAAGAACUAUUCCAAAUUAUGGGAAUUUAAUCAAUACUGGUAAUUCUUUUUAUUAAAAUGGAAUUUUGGCUCAGCAAUUUCAAUAUUCAAACUAAAAUUAAUAUAUAGUUGGAAUUUAUUCUUUGAAUAAUCUGUUAAAUGAAAACUUAAUAGAACCCAUUUUGAUGUAAGGUUCAUUUAUUACUUCAAUAUCUGAUUAUGCAAUAAUUUUUGAUUAAUAAUAAAAUCAAGGAACAAUUCUAUACAUUUCUGGCUCAGAGAUUUGGAGUUGCGCAAUAGGUACUUCGAAUUUGACAUGUCUUGCUAAUUCACGAGAAGAUUAUAUGAACAUUUUUAUCAACUGCAGAAACCAAUUUUCAUCUGGCUUUUACAACAUUUAAUUUAAUCUGCCUCCAAAGUUUCAUUUUGACUUCGGUCCAUCUGCCUAUAUUCUAUUUUUGAUUACUCUAAUAUUGCUAUUAUGUUUUGUCCUUAAAGUUAAAUACAAGACAAGAAAUUUUAGGUAUAUCAAUUCAGAAGUUGAAUUAUGA